GCCCCUCUCUCUCUGUCUGAGCGUCACAGUUCUACGCUACAGUAGGUUGCUCUCUCUCCAUUCCUCCCAUCUGGCGGACUGACUGGCCCAUCGCAGUCGUCUCUCUGGUCGCCCUGAGCAGUCUGCCGACACACAGACCCCUAGCAGGUAUGAAGGGAUGGUGGUAGUGAAGGGAGCACAGGGGGGAAAUCCUAUGUGUGCUGAAACCUAGAGGGAUGGAGACAGACCCUGCCUUGGAGACAUGCACUGAGAGCAAAGCAGAGACAGGGGGAGAGGAAACACGAGAGGGACCCAUCACGAGGCCCAGCCCCCUGUCCCCCAAUAGGUCUACAGCUGCUCACACUCCUACAGCACUCACCUCUACUCCCCCUCAGCUUACUUCCUCCUGCCCUCCUAAACUCACCCCCGCCCCCAAUCCCUCUACUAGUACACUCACCCUCACCCCUACGUUCACACCCUUUUCCUCCUCUACACCCACCCCCAAUCCACCUAAACUGACACCCACCCCCUCAUCCCCCCCUACACUCACCUGUAAAACACUCCCUACCCUUACCUCUACAGUACUCAACCCCACCCCAACAUUUACACCUACUUCUCCCUCACUUACUCCCAACUCCCUCACCUCUAAAAUACUCACCCCCAGACCUAGUCUCCCCACACUCACACCCACUCUACCUACGCUCAAGCAUUCCGUGUCUCCCUCGCCUACUAAACUCACUCACAAACCUGCUCCUCUCCCAUUCACCCCCCCCACCCUCACCCCUACUGCCCCUCUACUCACCCCCUCUCCCUCACCUCCCUCCCCCACUGUAUCUGUGAUCCCUUCUCUGCCCCCCUCUGUAACUCAUGGCAAAAUGUCCUUUGCUCCUGGGCCUUCCUUCUUCCUGACCAAUGGGAAUGCAAGGCCACCCACCAUGCCCACCUCUCCACCAAUCACGCCUUUCCAUACCCCAGCCAGCAGACAGGCCCCUCUUCCUCGCCCCCUGGGUACGCCCACUCUGGUGCAAGCAAAUCAGAGCAUCUCGCCUGUUAGACCGAGGGUAUCCCAGCAGGCCUUGCUCCUGGGUCGGAGUCCUUGUUCGAGCCGAGACCAGAUGCUGCUCAGGGCCCAGAUGCUGAUUUUCACCUCUACGUUACGGCCUGUCUCUUCCUCUUCCUCUCACCCUGCCUCCGCUCAGCUCCAGAGUCUAACCCUGCGCCCCUCUGCUCCCGGCACUCUCACAAUCCCCCCCUCUUUACGUCUCAAACCUCCCUCCUCCCCCCUCUCUCCUAUCUCUCGUCCCCUUACACCCCUUUUCCCCCCUCUUCGGCCGCACCCCCAGCCCAGUUCCAUGGCAACAGACAGACAGACCCCACCUACCCGGCACCUCUCAGUCCCGCCUCCAACUCUCUACACUUCUGUGCGGUCUGUCCCUCUGAGACCCAGACUUCAUUCUCCAAACGGCCACAGAGUGGUGCCCCCGAGACACAGCCCCGCCAUGCGACCAUUUGCUGCUGCUGCUGCCCAUCAGGCCCUACCCAGCAGACAGUGUACAGUUCCAGCCACCAGUCUGUCAUCUCAAAGCCCGCCCACACAGUCCACCCCUGGCCAAUCGCAGCUCAACUCAGGCUCUAGGCCCCUUCCCUUGGGUUCUUCCUGUUUUGAUCGGUUACCGCCAGCAUCAAGGCAGCUGCAAAUGAUUGCCCUCUCCGCUGGCUCCACCAGCCGCUUCAGCAGCCAAACACGGCCUGCGGCCAACACACACACCCCACCUUCUGUCCAAUCAAAGUGUCUGGUUCUUGAGUCCCCACCUCCUCAGCUCGAUGCCCAACCACAGAGGACUUCUGACCACGCCUCUCCCCCUCCCACCUCCUCCAUCCACAAAGCCAACUCACCCCUACCAUACCCCCAUUAUCAGGCCAGACACAUUCAGUCAAAAGGAGAAGUGGAUAGACAGGGGGUAAGGGAGGCGAGAGAGCGGGUGGGGGGAGAGGAAGUAAAGAUGGGGGAAAUUGAAGAGGGGCAGAGCGAUAAAGAGAGGGUGGCAGGAGAGAGAAAGGUAACAGGAGAGGAAAAAGGGAUUGUUGAGAAGAGAGCGGAGAGGGUGGGAGAGAAGGAGGACCAGAGAGAUAGAGAGAAGGAGGACCAGAGAGAUAGAGAGCGGGUGGGAGAGAAGGGAUUGCUGACAAGAAAGGAGAAAGGAGAGGCUGGAGGAGAGGAAGAAUGGAUAGAGAGAGGUAAACAAUAUGAGAGACUGAGAGAGAUGACAGGAAUAGAGGAGGAGAGGGGGGAAAGGAUGAAGAUAGAGGGAGAGGAGCAGAGAGAAAGGAUGGAGGUAGAGGAGGAGGAGCCGGGACAGAAAGAUGCGAUGAAAGGAGAGAAGGAGGUGGGGACUACCAUUGACCAGGACACUCCGAUAGACCCUCACCCCAAUGCAGACCCGGCUACUCAGAAUCACAUACACUUCGAUGCCCUCUCACACACACCUCAUAACCCCACCACCUCAGGUUCCCCCAUAGACCUCCAGCGACCAUCGGACUGUCCCAUAGAGCGACCCCCAGACCUACCCCACAAGGACCAAGAGGACCUCUGUGAGAACAUGUCCACUCAGUCUGACAACCACUCAGUCUUGUCCAGUCUCUCCUCUCAGUCUCCCCCUGCCUCACCCUGCCUCACCCCUCCAUCUGACUUCCCUCCUCCUCUCCUGCCUGUUAGCCCCUCCCACUCAGAGACCCUCAGCCUAUCACAGAGCCGCUCUGAGACCCUUAGCCUAUCAGAGCGCGAGCCUUGGACACAGAGGGUGUGGCCAGAGGGCGGGAGGCGUGUCUUAACUCACCUGGUGGAGGGCUUCGUCAUACACGAGGGGCUGCAGGCGUUCCCGGUGAACCGCUCAUCUCUGUUGUUGGGAGGGCAGGAGGGUGUCUCCCAGAAUGGGAACACAGAGGGGGCGGAGUUAUUACCAUUGACAGACACACCAGAGCCACUGGAACAUUUCAGCGAAUCAGAACGAGUGGGUGUGGCCACAGAUGACCCGCUGACAGGUACCAGAGAGAGACAGAGGGGGGUGUUACAGUGUGAGUCUUGUGGGAAGAGAGGCCAUGCCCACUCCUUCCACCGCUCCAAAAGAUACUGCUCCACUUCCUGUGCCCGCAGGCUUAAUGUAGGGAUGUCUAAACGUCUGCGUGCUCUGAGUGCAGGCAGCCAGCCAGAGGGGCGGCGCUCUGCGAUAAACAAGGAGGAGUCUAUUCCUGGCAAGCCCCUCUUACUGCGACUGCCACGCGAAAUAUGGAGCGCCCAUCGCCGUGACUACGAAGGGGAAGACGGGCAUGCUGUUCCCAUAACGACCAGGCUGGAGCGCAGAGCGGCACGGAGGGCAAGGAGGGCAUCAGAGCCAGCGAUGACCCCUAGUAACCCCACCGUGACCUCUACUGAACCCACACCUGCACAGUGGAGUGUAGCGCAAGUCUGGGACUUUAUACACACACUGCCAGGUUGUGUGGAGGUUGCAGAGGCGUUCCGUGUUCAGGAGAUAGACGGCCAGGCCCUGCUGCUGCUCACUGAGGACCACCUGAUGACCAGCAUGAACAUCAAACUGGGACCAGCGCUCAAGAUCUGUGCCCACAUCAACACACUCAGACACACGUAGAGAGGGAGAGAUGGAGGUGAGGUGGGAGGGUGGGUGGAGGAGAAUAUAGAGAGAAGAAAAAAGGGAGGGGUGGGGGGACGGUCUAAGGCACUGCAUUGCAGUUGAGGCGUCACGACAGACCCGGGUUCGUUCCUAGGCUGUGUCACAACCGGCCGUUGACCGGGAGUCCCAUAGGGCGGCAAACAAUUGGCCCAGCAUUGUCCGAGUUAGGGGAGGGUUUGGCCGGCGGGGCGUUACUUGGCUCAUCGUGCUCUAGCGACUCCUUGUGGCGGGCCGAGCGCCUACAGGCUGACUUCGGUAGUCAGUUGAAUGGUGUUUCCUCCGACACAUUGGUGCAGCUGGCUUCCGGGUUCAGCGGGCAUGUGUUAAGAAACACGAUUUGGUGGGUCAUGUUUCGGAGGACGCAUGACUCGACCUUCGCCUCUCCUGAACCCUUUUUGGAGUUGCAGCAAUGAGACGAGAUCGUAAUUGGAUAUCACGAAAUUGGGAAGAAAAGGGGGUAAAAAACAAAACAAAAGAAAAAGUGAGGGAAAAUAGUGAUUGAUAGAUGGGAGAAGAGAGGGGGUCGGAGAAGGGGGGGGGGAGAUUAUCAACUGAGAGCUGAGAGCAAUCAGUGAGAGAGGAAGGAGGAUUUUGUUAUAUUCUGUUGUGUCUAUGUACAUAUUUUACAAUGCAGUCUAUUGAUUGUAAAUCUUAAACAUUUUCAUGAAGGAUUGUAAUAUACAGUAUGUAUUUGUCUGUUUGGUAAUUAUUUUAGAAUGUGGUGUCACAUGAAAACUGUCAAAUCUGUUUUGAUUUUACACAGCUGAUACAGAUUUUUUGUAUCACUGUGUGAAAAAUAAGGUCUUAACUAAAAAAAUUAUUACGUUUUAUAUAUGAUCUGAGCAAAAAGUUAGGUCUUAUUUGUCUCAUAACCAUGUCGUUUUGUGAGAUUUCUUAAUUUUUUCUCUUAUCCUUCCUCUUCAAACUCUGUAAUAAAUCAAAUGAAUUUA